CUAGAAUUUUAAAAUCAGUACAUCAGAAGCCACAAUAGAAAUUACAUAGUUUAUUUACUACAAUAUAAAUAAAAAAAUUAUUUGAGAUGAAGAUUUUUUUGUUUAUUUUAUUUGCGUUCGCUGUUAAUGGUGCCGUUAUAAAGACUACAAACACGACUCGGACAAAUCUAAACAUCGGUUUUGUCUCUCCUAACGAUCUUUUACUACAAAGAACCUAUAUUUAUCAGCCAGCUCGUCCUAAUGCCAUUCAAUAUCAGGACUACGUGUACCGAGGCAGUUACUCCACCAGGAUCUCGGGGGUUUACGUCAACGAGGUUGGUUAUACUCAGUACGCCAACGCCUGGAUACUGAGGGGAGGGAUCGGAUACAAUAACGUCACUGUUAGAAUACAAUCCGCUAGAGGAGGCGGAUAUUACUAUCAGAUUGACGUGUGGGGACGGUAGAUUGAGAAGUAAGAAUUACCUAAUGUAUGCUAAAAAUAUAUAUAAUCAUGUCAUAUUGAAGCCAAGUGAAGGAAAUUAAUACUUUAUGUAAACUAGUAAUUUCUAAGUAAAUAAAUAUAAUUAAUG